AUGCUGGAAGAUAACUUCCUCAACAACUCCGCCAGAACGGUGUACUCUAAUGUGCUCAUGCCUGGAGAACAAUCUGUGGGGCUGUUAACAUGGUUUCCGGCCCGUUUGAUGGGAGCUGUGCAGCGAUCAGAGACGCUGGUUGUGAUUGCUCUGCGGGAGUCGAUUGUGUUUCUUGCCCUCAUCGCCCUCUUUGCUGUCACACCUAACGUCUGCCGAGCCCUCAACUGGCUGUGGGCCUCCUUUAUCAUGCGAGACGGUCAAGUCACAGAGGAAUGCUUUCAGGACUCCGUGUUUGGCGCUCUCGUGCUCCCCCUGCAGUUUGUUGCAGCCGCUUUCUUCCUCACCAGACAUAUGCGCCUUCUCCUGCCUCUAGCCAAGCUCCACCUGAGCCCGUUCCUCCUGCGGAGGUUCAGAAUGGUUUCAGUGGUGGUGGCGGUGACGUGCUUUGCAGUGGGGUGGAAGGACAGAGUCAUGCGGAUGGUGCUGCAGAGGCACCCGGCUGAAAAGCCCAUCUUGCUCAACGCGAGCCGUUUCCUCUCGCUGCUCAUCCAUCUUGUGGGAGUGGGCACGGUGCUGGACCUAUUCGGUGUCUCCCUCCUCUCCCUGGUGGCUGUGGGCGGCAUCUCAGGUGUCGCGAUGGGAUUCGCUUCCAAGGAAAUAGUCGCUAAUUUCUUCGGCGGGCUAGUGCUGGUGAUCUCACAGCCAUUCGUGGUGGGAGAGCGCAUUCAAGCAGGGGCCAUAUCGGGGCGCGUGGAGGAGAUUGGGUUUCUGCACACCAAGCUGGCUGGAGCAAACAAGGCGCCAGUUGUGGUGCCAAAUCAAAUCUUCAACACUGCAGUGAUCACCAACUUCUCCCGUGCUCGGUGCUACCCUGUAGCCGUCACAUUCGAGCUCAGAAUAGAGGAUAUCGAGCGAGUGCAAGCCAUCACGUCUCGCAUCACCCGCAUGCUCAGGUCGCAUGCUGACGUGGACCAAUCACAGGGCCCCGCGCAUGCAGUGCUGAAGGACCUCAAUGGGGCCAGUCUGCAUGUGGGCAUGCUGGCUUCGCUAAACCCUCAGGUGAGAUUUCAGGUGAUUCCAGGCAAUUCCGCUCAACCUCCCGCAACCACUGGCGCGCACCAGUUCCCCGCGGCUACCAUUCCGCAGUAUACGCCGUCCCCCGUGUCGCCCUACCGCCAAUGCCAUUCCGCGCCUAUCCGCGGAGCGUCCCCCUACCAUUUUUCCGCCGUCGUACCCGUCAGCCCCUCCCCCCCGCCUGCUCAGUUCCCCGGAAGCAGAGCCACUCCACCCCCCGCCUCCUCCUUCCCCCCGUCCCCUUCCGCCAACCCUAAUAAUGGCUCCGCCGCCUCCCCUUCCGCCAGCCCCAGUCUUCGCGCAAAUGCCUUCUACGACUCCGCAUAUCAUGCUUCCGCUUCCACCACUACUUCAUCAGCGGAACCGCUUCCCCCCGCCAUAAUUUCCGCGGUGUCUUCCGCCAACCAGUCCGCGGGCAGCUCCGCGGGGUCUUCCGCUAGCCAGUCCGCGGGCAGCUCCGCGGGGUCUUCCGCCAGCCAGUCCGCGGGCAGCUCCGCGGGGUCUUCCGCCAGCCAGUCCGCGGGCAGCUCCGCGGGGUCUUCCGCCAGCCAGUCCGCGGGCAGCUCCGCGGGGUCCUCUCGCGGGGGGAACUCCUCCGCUUCCCCCUCCGCCGUCCCUGUGCUCCGCGAGUUCAGCUUCGCGGAUCUGCACAUGGCGACGGGGGGGUUUUCGCGCGCCAUAGGGGAGGGGGGGUUCGGAAAGGUGUACCAAGGGCGGAUGGUGCUGCCUGCGGGCACUAGCAGCGGCAUUGGCGGAAGCAGCGCCGCUGGCGGGAGUUACGCCAUGGGCGGAAGCAGCAGAGCUGUUAUGGGCGCAAUGAGGGAAUGUGACGUGGCAGUGAAAGUGAUGAAUGGAAAGAGUGCUACUCGUGACUUGACGAGCUUCAAGGCUGAGGUGGAAGCCAUGUCAGCGGUGAAUCAUCCCAACAUUCUGAGGCUGGAAGGCGUGGCACUAAACACAUCCCAGGGGCCGAUGCUCGUGUAUGAGCUCAUCCCUGGAGGCGAUGUUAAGAACUUGCUCAAACAAGUCCACAGAAGUGGUCUUUACUUCCCAUGGAGGCAUCGCAUGAAGGUGGCACUGGGCU